GCAGUAAGGAAUUUCUUUUACUCCUGUGCUGGCUGGUGUGUCGUUACCUUCAUUCUGGGAGUCUGUGAUCGACACAGUGACAACAUCAUGCUGACAAAAGCUGGGCGCAUGUUCCACAUAGAUUUUGGAAGAUUUUUGGGUCACGCACAGAUGUUUGGAAGCAUCAGAAGGGACCGAGCUCCCUUCAUCUUCACGUCAGAGAUGGAGUAUUUCAUCACGGAAGGGGGAAAAAACCCACAGCGCUUUCAAGAGUUUGUGGAGCUUUGUUGUCGAGCUUAUAACACAGUCAGGAAACACAGCCAGUUACUCUUGAACCUGCUGGAGAUGAUGCUGCAUGCAGGAUUGCCUGAGCUGAACAGCAUCCAGGAUCUAAAGUAUGUGUAUGACAACCUCCGUCCUCAGGACUCAGAUCUCCAGGCUACAAGCUACUUUACAAGGAAAAUAAAGGAAAGUUUGGAGUGCUUCCCUGUUAAACUCAAUAACUUGAUCCACACACUUGCACAGAUGUCAGUGACAGGCUCUGCAAAGCCUCCAGCUCCAGAGGCUGUCCCCCAGGAAUGGAUGAUGCUGGACACAGAGAAGUCAAUCGCAAGAGCCACCAUUUUGGGAUUCAGCAAAAAGCCUGACUCUAUAUAUCUAGUCCAGGUGGUGCAAACCUGCAACGUGGUCACUUUUGUGGAAAAAUCGUUUGACCAGUUCUCAAAACUUCACGGCCAUCUCCAGAAGCAAUUUCCAUCUCAUGCCCUCCCAGAGUUUCCCCACUCAUGGCAUUUACCUUUUGUGGAUCUUGAACAUAAAAGAGUGAAGGAUUUGAAUCUCUAUCUGAAGAAGCUAUUAAGCGGCACCAGGAGACUGGCUAAUAAUGAGCUUGUACUCAGCUUCUUCCUGAAUUGGUCCAAAAAUACCUUGGCAGAAGAUUCAUCAUCUGUGACCCUAGGUCCUCAGUCAAUUGGUCAUAAGCCUGGUGUACAGUUAGUGAUAUCCUACGAGAACACACGCCUGACAAUAAUGUUGAAACACAUGAGGAACAUU